AUGGACAUCUUCGAGGAUCCCGUCAUCCUCCCGUGCUCCCACUCCUUGUGUCGGGAUUGCCAGCAGCGCUGUUGGCAUUCGAAACAAAGGAACGAAUGCCCGAUUUGCCGAGAUGUAUCAUCGGGGCCUAACCCGCCACUUAACCUGGCCUUGAGGGAACUGUGCGAAGUGUUCCAACAGCACAAAAUAAAGGAAGAGGAAGCAGCAGCAGUUGCAGCAUUAGCAGCAGCAGCAGAAGAUCCGUAUGUGAAGGUUGGAGAUUGGCCACCCGAAGAGGAGUGCUGUAGUCAACAUCGCAACAACAAGCUGCAGCUCUUCUGUAUGAACGACAACCAGCCCGCCUGUCUGGUGUGUCGGGACUCCAAGACCCACGAGAGGCACAGGUUUAUCCCUAUCGAUGAAGCAGCACAGGAGCGCAAGGAGGAGCUCAGGGUCAAGUUGAAGACUCUUCAGACACGAGUACAGGACUUCAGCCUGGCCAAACUGAGCUGUCAUCACACUGCUGAGUAUAUCGGGGUCCAGGCUCAUCACACAGAGCACAUGCUCAAGCAGGAGUUUGAGAAGCUUCACCAGUUCCUGCGAGAAGAGGAGGCGGAGCGUAUAGCAGAGCUGAGGGAGGAAGAGGAGCAGAAGAGGCGCAUGAUCAUGAACGAGAUCGAGGUGAUGAGCCGAGAGAUGACCACCCUCUCAGCAGCCAUCGCAGCCAUCGAGGAGAGCAUAGACGCAGACGAUAUCCCAUUCCUACAGAACUACAACAGCACCAUGGAGAGGGCCGAGUGCACACUGGUGUAUCCAGACCGGGAUACAGGAGCACUGAUCAAUGUGGCAAAGCACCUGGGCAACCUGAAGUUCAGAGUCUGGCAGAAGAUGCAGAAAAUUGUCCAAUACACUCCAGUGGUGCUGGACCCCAACACUGCCCACCCCCAGCUGGUCCUGUCUGAAGACCUGUCCUGCAUGAGGCUGGGAGCGGAGCCACGGCAUCUCCCUGACAUCCCGGAGAGGUUUGACCAGUACGCCUGCAUCUUGGCCUCAGAGGGCUUCGACUCGGGGACACACUACUGGGACGUGGAGGUUGGGGAUGUGGACACCUGGUUCAUGGGUGUGAUGCCGGCGUCCGCCAAGAGGAAGGGCUGGUUCACCAUCCAGGAGGAGGGCCUGACCCUGUGCCAUAGCGAAGGGGAGUACAGGGCGCUGUGUCCGACCCCGACCCAGCCCAACGCUGCUCUCGCCGUGAGACACAAGCCACGCAGGAUCAGAGUGCAGCUGGGCUGGGCCAGAGGGACAGUGACGCUCUCCUUCUCCGACCCACAUUCAAACACACACCUGCACACUUUCACGCACGUCUUCACGGAGCGAGUAUUCCCGUACUUCAUGCAUUCUGAUCUCAGGAUUCUACCGGCGAAGGUUGCAGGCGACGGAGGCAGAGACACACUAAUAGCGGUGUUGCUUGGGAGCAGUCGUAAAGACAAUGUCGCCACGGUGACCGAGGUCAUCGCACCGCAGAGUGUGAGGUCAUCGCUGUAA